AAACGUGAAAGCAUUUAUUUUGUAAAAGGAAAAUAUAUGUACGCAGUAAAUUGUUAGGAAAAAAUUUAAUGCUUAAUAUAUCGUUGGGAAAAGUCACAUAAAUGUAGAGAGGUACACAUUGGGGAGAAGAAACAAAAAGAAAAGCGGGAAAUAAGGAAAACACAAAAUUUUCGAAAAAUAAAAAAAAAAAAAAAGUAACAUUAAAUAGAAUAAGUAAAAUAAACACACCCGUUUCGCCCCUGCAGCCCUUCCAGCGUUAAAGGCAAAUUAAUAAGGGCAAUCUCCCUUCUCCUAUUUGUUUUGUGAUUCCUGCCUUCGAUAAGCGCAUAUAGAUACGUGCUUUCCUACAAGUAUAUAUCCACACGGACGUACACACGCAAGCCGUUGCUCCACACGCAUAUGUGUGUGAACCCCAUUUUUCCGUCCCUCAAGAACCCACUGUUAAGCAAAACACACAUCCAAAAUUGCUUUCCGCAAAAUGAGCAAGGCGUCUGAUAAUAAUAAAAAUUUGGAGGAUCAAAGAACAAACUUCGAUGAAAAGGAUAAAAAGAAAUUGUUCUUGUAUGGUUACGAACAACAACUGCUUUAUGGACGAAUUAAUUGGAAACUGGCCGAAAAAAAGAAAAUAACUAAAUACCCCAUAAACACUAUGAAAAAUUUAUGGAACCACAGCAUAGCUAACUGCUUGCCCGAGUUUAUAGAGAACUACUCCAAAGACGUGGAAAAGCUGAACGAAAUGAAAAAAAAAAAAAAAUUGAACAUCGCACAGAAAAUAAAUAAAAAAAAAAAGGUGACUCCAGCCAAAGUACAAUUCACGAAACAACAUUCAAAUAUUUCGAUGAACCGAGUUAUUAAAGGAGUCAGUUUAGAUUACAAGAAAUUAAAUACCCACACGUUUAAGAAUAAAAAAGUUGUAACGUCCAUUUUGAAGAAAAAAACGAUAAACAAAACCAUUGACAAACAAAAGAAAGCACCAGAAAUGAAAAAUAAAAAUGCGCAAUUAGUAAAACAGAAAACCAAAAAGGCAAUCAACAUGAAGAAGGCACCCAACACAACGAAACCAAAGGAAGAUACUAAAAGCGACAAAAUGAAAAAGGACGAUAAGACAAAGAAGAACGGAAAGGUCAGUAAAAUUGAAAAGGAAAAGAAAGAAGAAAAGGCCAAAAAGAACGUCAAAAAGGAUGCCAAAGCUGCAGACGGAAAGGCGCAAAAAGGUGACAAGUCCAAGACGGAGGACAAGAAGGAAAAGGCGAAAAGUGAAAAGGCUGUCAUAAAGAAAAUCGACAAAAGUAACAAGGACAAGGGGAAAGACAAAAAGGCAGAAAAGAAGGACGUAGAGAAGUCGGAGAAGAAGCCUGAGAAGAAAGACGAAGCGAAGAAAGCAGACAAGAAGGACGAAAAGAAGGAAGAUAAAAAGGCAGAAAAGAAAGAAGAAAAGAAAGGGGAAAACAAGGUGGACAAGAAGCUCGGCAAGAAGGAAGAUAAAAAGGCGGAUAAGAAAGACGAUAAGAAGGAUGACAAAAAGGAGGACAAAAAGGCUGACAAAAAAGCAGAUAAAAAAGACGAUAAGAAGGUAGAAAAGAAAUCAGACAAGAAGGACGACAAAAAGGCAGAAAAAAAGGCCGACAAAAAAGAUGACAAGAAAAACGACAAAAAGGACGACAAGAAGGAUGACAAAAAGGUUAAGAAAAAUAUUCUGAAAACGCAGAAAACGAAGAAGUACUAG